UCGGUAGGUUCUCUCGGGCCGGGGGACGCUCCACGGGACUGCGGAACGCAUUGGCUUUGAGGGCGGCACCCUGAACGCUGCCCGCGGGAAGGGGACAACAUCCCCCCGAGGGGUGCGCGGAGCGCAGCGGGCUGGCAGCCCCGAGGCCAGGGGUGAGGUCAGGGUGGCCUGGGGGCCGGGCCCGGACGUGGCCUGCAGACUCAGCGCUGGACGCGCGCACUCACACAAAAGAGGCCGGAAAGUGGCGGGAGGAAGCGGGCGCGUCACGGGGGCCGCAGCCGGGAGCCUGGCGCGCCCGCCCCGCCGCGUCCCAGGUACACGGCCCGCUCGCCCCGCCGCUCCGCCACCGACACCGCCACCGCCACGACCGCGGCGCCGCCAAUGAGACUCCUCCCGCUCCUAGUGGGUUUUUCCACUUUGCUGAAUUGUUGCUACACUCAGAAUUGUACCAGGACACCUUGUCUCCCAAAUGCAAAAUGUGAAAUACGGAAUGGAGCUGAAGGCUGCUAUUGCAACAUUGGGUUUUCAGGAAAUGGUGUCACAAUUUGUGAAGAUGAUAAUGAGUGUGGAAAUUUAACGCAGUCCUGUGGUGAAAAUGCUAACUGCACGAACACAGAAGGAAGUUACUACUGUAUGUGUGCACCUGGUUUCAGAUCCAGCAGUAACCAAGACAAGUUUAUUACUAAUGAUGGAACCAUCUGCAUAGAUAUAGAUGAAUGCAGUGAAUCAUUUGCCUGUGGUGAUCAUGCAAUGUGUAAAAAUGUGGAUGGUGGAUAUAACUGCUCCUGCAAGGAAGGUUAUCAUACAUCCACAGGAAACUCACAGUUCACACCUAAUGAUGGCACUUAUUGCCAAGAAAUUGUGAAUCCAGACUGCCAUUUAGAUGAUAUCUGUAUUGCAGCGAAUAUUAAUAAAACUUUAACAAAAAUUAGGCACAUAGAAGAACCUGUGGCUUUGCUACAAGAAGUCUAUAGAAAUUCUGUGAAAGAUCUUUCACCGACGGAUAUAAUUACAUAUAUAGAAAUAUUAGCUGAAUCAUCCCCAUUACUGGGUUAUAUGAAUAGCACGAAUUCGGCCAAGGACACCCUUUCUAAUUCAACUCUUACUGAAUUUGUAAAAACUGUGAAUAAUUUUGUUCAAAAGGAUACAUUUAUAGUUUGGGACAAGUUAUCUACAAACCAUAGAAGAACUCAUCUUACAAAACUGUUACAUGCUGCCGAGCAAGCUACCUUAAGGCUAUCUCAGAACUUUCAAAAGACCACUCAGUUUGAUACUAAUUCAAGUGAUAUAGCUCUCAAAGCUUUCUUUUUUGAUUCAUAUCACAUGAAACAUAUUCAUCCCCAUGUGAAUAUGGACGGAGAUAAUAUAAAGAUAUUUCCAAAUAGAAAAGCUGCAUAUGAUUCAAAUGGCAGUGUUGCAGUUGCAUUUUUAUAUUAUAAGAGUAUUGGUCCUCUAUUUUCAUUGUCUGACAACAUCUUAUUGGAACCUCAAAGUUAUGAUAAAGCUGAAGAGGAGGGAAGAGUCAUCUCUUCAGUAAUUUCAGUCUCAAUUAGCUCAAACCCACCCACAUUGUAUGAACUUGAAAAAAUAACAUUUACAUUAAAUCACAUAAAGACCACAGGUAAGUAUAGGAGUCAAUGUGCAUUUUGGAACUACUUACCUGACACCAUGAAUGGCAGCUGGUCUUCGGAGGGCUGUGAACUGACAUACUCGAAUGAGACCCACACCUCAUGUCGCUGUAACCACCUGACACAUUUUGCAAUUUUGAUGUCUUCUGGUUCUUCUAUUGGUAUUAAAGAUUAUAAUAUUCUUACAAGGAUCACUCAACUAGGAAUAAUUAUUUCACUGAUUUGCCUUGCCAUAUGCAUUUUUACCUUCUGGUUCUUCAGUGAAAUUCAGAGCACCAGGACAACAAUUCACAAAAAUCUCUGCUGUAGCCUAUUCCUUGCUGAACUUGUUUUUCUUGUUGGUAUCAAUACAAAUACUAAUAAGCUCUUCUGUUCCAUCAUUGCCGGGCUGCUGCAUUACUUCUUUUUAGCUGCCUUUGCAUGGAUGUGCAUUGAAGGCAUUCACCUCUAUCUCAUUGUUGUAGGAGUCAUCUACAACAAGGGAUUUUUGCACAAGAAUUUUUAUAUCUUUGGCUAUCUCAGCCCAGCUGUGGUAGUUGGAUUUUCAGCAUCAUUAGGAUAUAGGUAUUAUGGCACCACCAAAGUAUGUUGGCUUAGCACAGAAAACAACUUCAUUUGGAGUUUUAUAGGACCAGCAUGUCUAAUCAUUCUUGUUAAUCUCUUGGCAUUUGGAGUUAUCAUAUACAAAGUUUUUCGUCACACUGCGGGGUUGAAACCAGAAGUUAGUUGCUAUGAGAACAUAAGGUCUUGUGCAAGAGGAGCCCUUGCUCUCCUGUUCCUCCUUGGCACCACCUGGAUCUUUGGGGUGCUCCACGUUGUACAUGCAUCGGUGGUGACAGCUUACCUCUUCACCAUCAGCAACGCCUUCCAGGGGAUGUUCAUCUUCUUAUUCCUGUGUGUUUUAUCUAGAAAGAUCCAAGAAGAAUAUUAUAGAUUGUUCAAAAAUGUCCCUUGUUGCUUCGGAUGUUUGAGGUAAACAGAGAGAACUAUGGGUCAUUAUUGCUACACAGAAAUAAAAAAGCCAAGCUGUGGAUGGCCAGUGUGUAAAAAGGACUCAAACAAAUUGUCCAAUUAUUAAUACUAAUCAAAUAUCUUAAGUCCAUUUUUCUGUUUACUGUGUAAGAACUGUAGAUAAUAUGAGAUAAAAUUAUGUACCAUAUAGCUAUAGUAAGCUUUCCUACAUGACUUAGUUAGCUAUGUCAAAAAUAGUAUUGCAGAUAUUUGGAAAGUAAUUGGUUUCUCAGAGUGAUAUCACUGCACCCAAGGAAAGAUUUUCUUUCUAACUCAAAAAAUAUAUGAAUGUCCUGAAGGAAACCACUGGCUUGAUAUUUUCUUGAUUCAUGUUGCCUUUGAAACUAGUACCCUAUCACCUUGGUAAUGAGCUCCGUUACAGAAAGUGGAACAUAAGAGAAUGAAGAGGUAGAAUAUGAAACAGUAAAAAGGGAAUGACGGUUGUAACAAUGAGACAUAUUUUGAGCAAGUUCGUUGUUUUGUAAACUAGAUGGGAAAUUAGAGAUAAAACAAAGAAUUGAAUAAACACAUCUUACCAUUCCGUGAA